AUGGCGGCUGUUGCUCUCAUUAACAGCACCCACAAGAUGGACGGUUCUUCCACCCGGCCGCUGAGGGAACAAAACGUCCCUCCAUCAUCGACACAAGGGAAAUCCUUUCAAAAGAUUCGUAAUAUCCAUGAAUCACUACGAGCGGGCCUUGCAAAACGCUCCAGCGUCGACCUGCGUGCCGAAGGCGAGCCGACGGUAAAGUUGUCCAAAGCCAAGCAAAGAGAUACCGAUGAUGGAAAGCGGCGCUUGUUGGGUCUGGGACUGCGAAGGACCGAGAGCAAAGCAGGGCUGGGUCAGGGCGGCGCAAGGGACAGCCCACUGGCGCGAGGUUGGACACCAUUCAGGGCUCCGACACUUCGUAUCGCUACGCUCUCAUCGCCAGAUCUAAAAAACCUUGCCAAUGGCGCUGACGUCACGUUAUCCAUCGACGCUCUCGUUUCAGCCCCCAAGACCAAGCGGCCGUCAUCGAACACAACGACAACCCUCAUCACCGGUCUCGCAUUCACCCACACCUCGUCGUCGUCCAACGUACCGUCAUCUUCCAGACCCGAUGUACCGCCAGAAACACGCUCCCGGUCAACGACCGUAUCUACUCAAACCGCCAGCUCGGCUUCUGUAUCUCGUACCACUAGCCCCGUUCGUCCUCCUAGGCACCCCCCUCCUCUCUUACCACCCACGCCCAAUCAAGAAGACGAAUUUGUGACAAGCGCUCGUCCGUCAAAUCCCUCGUCUCCUCGCUCUGGCCUUCGUUCACCUACAUCUCCCCCUAUUACGUCACGAGCCUCGUCUCGUGGUCACCAACCGCAUGAUAGUACUGGUGUUUCCUCGCCCACAGUAGUUCCCUUUUGGGAAGAGAUCCGAGCUGCUGCGUCCUUUAUCGUCAAAGAGCUCUCCCGACAACCGCCACAAAUAAAGGAUAAAGACUGGAUCGAAGUCGAAAUGAGACUGAGACCGCUUGUGAGAGCGGAACGCAUGUGGGCACCAAACGGAACGGGAGCAGCCGCGGGAAACCAACUUGGGUCUCCCUCGUCUCGAGGGGCAGAGCGAGAAAGAAGGGUGUUCGGAGACGCACUGCGGGAUGGGGUGGUCCUCUGCCAAUUUAUGAAUAAACUGCGGCCGGGAAUCGUCUCCAGAGUUGGAUACAAAGAAGACGGGUCUCGAAAUAUUCGAAACUUUCUGUACGCUACAGCCCGGUAUGGCGCUGAUCCCAGCGAAAUGUUUCAGGAUGAGGACCUACUUGAAAGCACGCCGGAGGCAAUGGGUAGCGUUGCGAAUGCACUCCUGUAUCUGGCACAGUUAAUCGAGGAAGAGCGGCAAAGUUUGGUGGUUAUCCAUGAUGGUGGGAAAGCCAAAUCUACACUCUACGUCAGUGCUUCGCGCAUCGUAAGCAAAACAGAGCCGGUGCAGUUUGACGAGAAGCCCGGCGGGAUGUCCCAGGCAAACGGCGGAAGGAGCCCGUAUGGGACACUUGGUCGGCAAAUGGGCGUCAUGUCGAAUCCCGAAUUGGCAUCCAAAGCUCGAGCUAUUAGUCCGACCCCCUCUACCAAAGGAAGAGACAAAUCACCUCCCCCCAAGAUCAGUCCGCCCAUCCCUCUAGGCCAUCGGCCGUCCCAGCACAGGCACAACGGUUUGACCGUCCGGCCCAAUCGAACGCCAGCUGGAUCCCCAAUCCCGUCAGCCCCGUCGAGCCCCAAGCCUGCUCCACUUUCCCGGACAGCGAGCCAUUCGCCGAGGAUGACACGGGUUGUAAUACCAGAAUCUAGGAGAACCUCUAGUCCUCUUUUGGACAGACAGCGCAAUGAAGGGCGCCGCUCGUCUAACGGGGCCCGACCACUCUCCAACGACUCUAAUGCACCACCACAACCACCCUCUCGCUCACCCGACCACAUGGGCUCUCUGAGCACUUUUGCGAAACAACGCCAAUCGGCGACCUCUAUUGUCACCAACUCAAGUCUAAUGACCGAAUCGACUGCAGCCUUUUCGUCACUGCUCGACUUUCGUUCCGGUGGUUACGGCACGAUGCGCACUACUACGACUGAAGCCACGUCACCUUCGUCAGGAAUUCCCUCGUUCUCGCGGUCUGAAGCAAAUGAGGCGGCCAAGGCCGUUAUGCUGGCCGAUUCACCCAAGGCGAUGCGGAGACGUCUGUCUGAUAUUGGAAAUCCUUACCCAGAUCGAUCUUCGCCCCUGUCUCCAUCCCCAGAAGAUCUCGUUCCUGGGUCCUCUCCUUCUCACUUAAGCCAUUUACGCUUGAGUAGACGGGAUCGCAGGUCAUCCGAAGCAGCUGUUGAUUUGACGCGGGUGAACGAGGAGUCUGAAGAACCCAGCGUACAACCAUCCAAAUUGCUGGCACGACGGCGCAGCAAGAUCCUCGAUAGCGAUCCUAGCAAGCGUGUGGCAAGGAAAUGGCCGGAAGACUUUGAUAGCGCAUUGGAAGUAGACUCGAAUCCAAUUGAAGAGUUGGAGCGAGAACUGAUGGGCGAGAGCAAUUCGUCCGCUACCCACCUUGAAGCGAAACCUCCUCCUGUCUUGGCUCCCAUCCGUAUUCCUUCGCCCAGAGCCAACGUUCCCAGCCGCUAUUAUCCGACGAACCUCGACCGUCACGUCCGAUCUUGUGGAAUCAUACCUUCCCCUCGCGAAGGAUUACUACGAGCGAACAGCCGCGAUGCGAGCCCUGCUCCGACUGCAGACUCCUCAGGAUUGGGAGUAGGCAGACCUCCGAUGAUCCGACAGCCGAGUAGUCGCAAUGGCAAACGGGCCUACGUCCCCAAGGGGUCAACCCCUCCCAGCAGCGAGAUAUCGGAACGCAUCCUUGGUCAGCGAGCGUCUCCAGGAGCUGGUCCUUCCCCUCUAUCGACAGGCUUACCAUUAGUAUCGCCACAUGUUCCUUUCCCUCGCAGAGCAUCUGCCGAAUUCAACUCUGGCGGGGCGUCCCGAUUGCCGACAUUGCCUUCGUCGUCAGAGACAUUGCGUGAAGAUGCUGCGGAGAAGGACCAGGCGAAGGAUGGUCAGCCGGCUCCAGAACCACGGCCCCAGAGGCCUCACGUUCCCCGUGGGCGACACCAGUCCGAGUUCGACUCGCAGCGUAAAAAGCUUCGGCCCGGUUCCAUGGAUGAGAUUGGGGUUAGGCGGUCGAGAAUUGAGAGCAUGUUUGAAGGCAUUCCACGUCGUGUGCUAGUCGUGAAAGAGGAAGGCCAGCCCGCUAUCCACUAUUCGUUGGGAGAUUGUAUUGGAAAGGGACAAUUCGGUUCCGUCUACCGUGCGUUGAACCUGACAACUGGCCAAAUGGUAGCCGUCAAGCAGCUUGCGCUUGACGGCCUUAGUGCUGAGGAGGUCAAAAGCCUCAAGAAAGAAGUUGACUUGCUCAAGAGCCUAUCUCACCCAAGCAUUGUCAAGUAUGAGGGGAUGGCCCAAGAUGAGGAGCAUUUAAGCAUAGUUCUCGAAUAUGUUGAGAACGGGUCUCUUGGCCAGACCCUCAAGGCCUUUGGAAAGCUCAACGAGAAACUCGUAGCAAGCUACGUUAUCCGCAUUCUUGAGGGCUUGCAUUACCUCCACCAAUGCUCUGUUGUCCAUUGCGACCUCAAGGCAGCCAAUAUUCUCACAACCAAGAAUGGAAACGUUAAGCUUUCAGACUUCGGAGUAUCCCUCAAUCUCCACGCCAUGGAAAAGGUUAAUGAGGUGGCAGGUACACCCAACUGGAUGGCUCCCGAGGUUAUCGAACUCAAGGGUGCUUCAACCAAGUCAGAUAUUUGGUCUCUGGGCUGCGUUAUCGUUGAACUGUUAACUGGCCGCCCUCCGUAUGGAGAUAUUCCUAAUGGUUUAACUGUCAUGUUUCGUAUUGUGGAGGACGAACGUCCGCCUAUCCCCGAAGGGUUUUCGCCCAUGCUAAGAAACUUCCUUGAACUCUGCUUUAACAAGGACCCGGACCUUCGACCCAGCGCGGCUAUUUUAUUCGAGCAUCCUUGGCUGAAACAGAAAUGGGGCGCAUAUAAGGAGCUCCGUCCCCAGGACAGUAUCCCAUUCUUACGGAGGGUUAGUGCUGAUUUGCAGAGAUCCGACGCUGUACGCCACUUGGCAGCGUCAUUGGAUCCUACUUUAUACAACGGUGGCGCACUUGAGGACUCCCAUUAUUUACCCCUUGCUCGGCCCACUAUCGCCAUCCCUCAUCAUUCGGGCGCAAAUACCCCCCUCGAACACCACUUUUCCACCAAUUCAUUCAGCAAACCAAUGGACUGCAACAUCUGUUACGAGCCCGUUAGGAAACACGCUCUGAUUUGUGAUCACUGUCGAAUCAUAGUUCACCUUCGGUGCAAGGCCGAGAGCUCUAUUCUCGCCUGUGAGCGGCGCCAUGGAAUGCGAAGUCCUCGUUAUGACGGGUCAACGCCACAUAGUCCGACAUCAGGCGUCCUAUCCUCGUCACCUCCAAGCCAUCCGGAAACGCUUCUAAGAGCAUCGCCGUCGGGAUACAAUAAGAUUGUUGGGAAUUGGAAGAAGCGAUCCUCUCGUGCUGGGUCCCCUGAGCCCGGGCAGACCAGUAAUCCCGCCAACCUCACACCUGGGAGGACUCCCUCGAUCGCACAUUCCAGGGAUAGCGAAGAUCGCACCAAGAAUAGAUCCAGCGUUGGAAGCACAAGACGAACAUCAAGCCUUCACAGCGCGGCGACCGGGGUAAGCGCUUUGGCCAGUGCCCCCGAGCCAGUCCCUCUGCAUGUCGCCGCUCCCCAGCGCCUCGAGUCCAAGGUUCGGCAUCAACAUCGACGACAAGUAUCCGAAGCUCCAAGCACUCGUGCGCCAUCAGAAAUGACAGGAACAAGGUCAGAUGUAACCGACCGCCGUAUCCGGAAGCGAGAUUCCCAGAAUACAAAACAUCAAGACGGAUGUGUCUUGCAAUAG